AUGUUGGUUUACAGAGCAGAAAAUCCUCGAGCUCUGAAAAGAAAACAAAAAGAGCAUCUUCCAGUAUUUUGGAAAUCUAAUAAAACAGCUUGGGUUACAGCAAAAACGUUCACCGACUGGUUUACCCUCUCCUUUGUACCUGAAGUCCGAGCAUUCUCAAGUCGAGAGAAUCUUUCCUUUAAAGUAUUGUUGUUGCUCGAUAACUGCGCUGCUCUUCCAGACGCUUUGAUGACGUCAAAUCCAGAUGUCAAAAUUUUAUUUUUGCCACCAAACACCACUUCUCUUAUUCAGCCAAUGGAUCAGUCGAUAAUUGCAACAUUUAAAUCAUACUACAUCAAGGGAGUUUCACGUAACAUUUUAAAUAGCUUGCAUCAAUCUACAUCUGAAGAUUAUGUUAAACAAUUUUGGAAAAAUUUUAACAUCGCUCACUCAAUAUCUAUUGUUGAUGAAAGUUGGAGAAUGAUCAAAAAUACAACUUUGAAUAAUGGAUGGAACAACCUUUUACCGGAACUAGUUGAGAAAAAUCAAGUGUCUGAAAUUCAAGGUCAUGAGCAAGAGCAAGUGAUACGUGAAGCUAUUAACAUUGCAAGAAGUGUUGGUGGAGAAGGUUUCAGUGACUUGCAAGAAUCCGAGCUUCUUGAUUUGGUAGCGUCAGUUGAAGCUUUAAGCGUCGACGAAAUUGAUGCAAUCGUGCAAAAUACAGCAGCUGAAGAAGAAAUGAUUGCAGAUGAAGAACCCAAGCCUGUUCUUACUGCGAAAGUAGUUGGAAAUAUUUUGGCUGAUGCAGAGCGUCUCAUUGAACGAGCAUUAAAUUACGACCCAAUCAUGACUCGAAGCCUUCAAUUUAGACAAGAUAUCGAAAAAUCAUUAGAGUGUUAUAAAAACUUGUACAAAGAUCUAUUGCGCAGAGCAAAACAAAAAAAAAAUUCAAUUGAUUUGUUCGAUCUUCGUGUGCUGACUCCUAAAUCCAAACUGGUGUUGAAAAAUGAACUCUUUACUUUUAAUAACUAUCUACAUUCUGAGCAGAAUAAUUUAUUUUUGUGGUCUUUUACAGUACUAGAAGUAGGUUAA